UGUGUACAAAGUAAGCUUCUGUUUAUAUGUAAGAGCUAGGGGUGCCAUUUAUGAAUGAAGUGAAAGAACAAAAAAAAACCCAGUAAUCCUCCGCACGUGAGCAAUCGCGCGCUCGUCACGUGACUGUCGUUUGCAGUCAUGGCCGACGACUACAGACGAAGCGUCGAGCUGGAAAGGAGGAUUUUUGAGUUAGAUAACAAGUGUGCCACUCUUCGGACCGAGAAACCAGAUGAUGACUACUUACAGAAUGCAUCUUCCAUACUAGACAAGUUGAAAACCUAUUAUAGACAUGGAGGAGAGAGCAGCAGCCUCCCUAAACUGCUGCAGGAUUAUACACAGGUUGUCUUGGACAUUACAUUCUAUGAGGAAAACAAGCUUGUAGAUCAGGAGUUUCCUGAGGACACUUCUCCUUUCAAAAUCCAGCAGUUACUACAGGACUUGACAGAGCCAGAGGUGUUAGCAGGGCGACUGGUACCUGCUCAAGAGGUGCAGUCUGUGCUUGGACUGGAGCUGCUGGAGUGCCUUUACUGGAGGCGUGGGGCAUUAUUAUAUAUGUACUGCCACACACUACACCAGCGCAAGCAAUGGAUCAAGAAGAACAAAGCCACAUUCCUUAAGUGUCUUCAAGAAGGUGUGCGUUACCUUAUGAGAAUGUUGCAAGUGAGGAACUCAGUCAAGCUGAACGAUGGUGUGGUUUUUCAUGACUCUGCAACCGCCAAUUUUCUGGCAGAAGGUAUCUUUUCUGAUACUCACUUGCUUACAAUGAUGUACAUUGGUGAGAUGUGUUUCUGGGCAGUGAAAUAUGAGGACUGCAGCAUGGACACCACAGAGCGCAAAGAGGACAGGCUUCAUUUCCGAGAUAUUGGCACACAAAUCCUCCAUAAGUACGUGCUGGCAUGCGAAGGGCCACUUCAGGGUCAAGGCUGGAACACAGAGAAUGCCAAGGAGAUUCUUAGUAUUUUACAGUAAACCUGGAGAGAGCUUUUAGGAGAGGAGGUUCACAAAAUGUCAUUGUUCUGAAGCUAGCAAAAAAAAAGAAAAAAAGAAAGAAAAGUAAACACAAACAAAAAAGAUUAAAACAGAAAAAUACUGAAAACAAAAAAGGCACUUAUCUUCCGGUCCAGAUUUGCUUUCUGGAUGUGUGUUUUCGCUGAGAAUGUGGAAUAAUACUUCUAAUGUAAAAUAUAAACAAAUAACUAUUUGUUUAAGAAAACAAUUAUUCCAGCUGAGAAACAUCACACAACUUUUUAUUUAUUUUAAUUUUUAUUUAUUUAUUUUUAGUUAAUUACAUUUAUAUAUGUCAUUUAUAUAUGUUAAAAGAAAUGGUACAAAGGAGGGGGAAAUGCAGAUAUAUGUUGCAUAUUUAAGUAUUCGUGACCAUUUUUAAGUAUGGACCUUUUCUUUUUAAUAACAUCUUUGUAUAUGACACCUCUUCUGCUCACUUAUUAAAAGUUGCAUCUUUAUUGCUUUCGUUGACCAGAUGUAAUGUUCAGAGAUGGGAAUUUGGAUAUUUUGAUAGUAUACUUUUAAAAAGCUAAACUUUUUGGUCAUUAUUCUUUUUAAAAGGAAGUUCAUUUUUUGUUUUUUAUGUCUUCAUUGAAAUAAAUUUUGGGUUAAGAAAUGUUGAAA